GAUAAAUUCUCACACAAUUUAUAUUAAUUAGGACUCGUCUUCUCUAAAGACAAAUUAGGGUUUCUUCAAGCUCUAAUUGAGGGAGAUAAUUGAAACACAAAAUAUGUGUGUAAUAGCAGUAUGGGUGGGUUUAGGUCUUGUACGAUGAGGAAAUCGAUUCGAAAUCGCAAGGAAUUGGAAUCAGAAGAGGAAUCGGAGAUGUUAUUUGUGUUCGAAUUCCGAUUCCGUUGCCCAUUUGACUCUUAUUCGAUUGCUUGUGAAGCUUUCUCUGAAAAACUGUUUCUUCUCCUCAAUUCUACUUCUUCCUCUUCGAACCCAAUUAAGCUGCUUUGAUAGUUUUUUUUUGUGCGUGUCGUUUUCGGUGGCUUUUUUGUCGUUUUUGUGGAUAUGGAUUUCGGUUCUUUAAGUGAAGAUAGCUGUGGAGAGUUCGCAGAGAAAGAUCCAACCGGUCGGUACAUUCGGUACGAUGAAAUUCUGGGGAAAGGAGCAUUCAAGACUGUAUACAAGGCAUUUGAUGAAGUUGAUGGAAUUGAAGUGGCAUGGAAUCAAGUGGAUAUUGAAGAUGUCUUGCAGUCAUCACAGCAGCUGGAGAGAUUGUAUUCAGAGGUUCAUCUGCUGAAGUCUUUGAAACAUGAAAACAUCAUCAAGUUUUAUAACUCCUGGGUGGACGAUAAGAAUAAGACUAUUAACAUGAUCACAGAGUUACUCACUUCUGGGAACUUGAGGCAGUAUCGAAAGAAGCACAAGACUGUUGACAUGAAAGCCAUCAAAAACUGGGCAAGGCAGAUCCUUCUAGGUCUACAAUAUUUACAUACUCGCAGUCCUCGUAUCAUUCAUCGCGAUUUGAAAUGCGACAAUAUACUUGUUAAUGGAAACAAUGGAGAAGUUAAGAUCGGAGAUCUUGGAUUGGCAAUUGUCAUGCAGCAGCCCAUUGCACGAAGUGUCAUAGGUACACCUGAAUUUAUGGCUCCGGAGCUUUAUGAAGAGGAAUACAAUGAACUUGUUGACAUUUAUUCUUUUGGCAUGUGCAUGUUAGAGAUGGUUACUUGUGAAUACCCGUACAGUGAAUGCAAAAAUCCUGCACAGAUAUACAAGAAGGUCACCUCGGGCAUUAAGCCUGCUUCCCUUGGUAAGGUGAAUGACCUCCAGGUUAAGGAAUUCAUAGAGAAGUGUUUAGUUCCAGCAUCUGUGAGAUUGUCUGCCAUAGAUCUCUUGAAUGACCCAUUCCUAGCAACUGAAAGUUCAAAGGAAGUUGUUUCUAGUUUGUCACAGUUACCGAAUGUUAUUUGCAAACAAGUCCACUUGCCACAAUCAGAAUCCCAUCACAUGGACAUUGAUUGCAAGAUGCUUUCAUUGGGAUCUUGUCCAAAAAGCAUCAAUGAAUCUCCACAGUUGUUAACUCUAGAACUUCGUAGGUUCACUGAGAAUAAUGAAUUCAGAUUGAGAGGGGAGAAAAACGAUGAUAAUACAGUUUCAUUGAAUUUGCGCAUUGCUGAUCCAUGUGGUCGAGCAAGGAAUAUCCAUUUUACAUUUUAUCUCAAUUCAGAUACUGCAGUCUCAAUAGCUGAGGAGAUGGUUGAACAACUUGAUUUGUCUUCUGAAGAUGUGGCUGUCAUUGCUGAGUUGAUUGAUAGCUUGAUAGUGAAGCUCGUUCCUUGCUGGAAUACUUCAUCAAGUGUACUAAAUGGCUCUUCUGAACUGGAAAACCAUGCAACUUCUGAGACAGUGAGAACACCUGACUUCUCACCGCCGACUAACAUUACAGAUCAUGAGGCUCUACAAUCAGUCAAUUCAGACAUAUCUGCUGAAUAUAACAUGGCAAUUGCCUCUGAUGCCAGUACUAACAAGUCUCUGGGAUCUUCUAGUUGCAGUCUUCAAUCGAAUGUGUCUGAUUUGGAUUUGGAGUGUUGGAUGCAUGAAGAUGGUAUACCAGAACAUAACAAAUCUGCAAGAAAUUCCAAGGUCUUCCAUAUUGAUUCAUGCUCUGGUAUGUCAAGAAAUGCAAGCUUGUCUAUCAUUUGUUCUCUGUCCCUUGCUGACAAAGAUGGUUCUGAACUAAAGCUGGAGCUUGAUUCAAUUGAUUCACACUAUAAUCAGUGUUUCCAAGAACUCAUGAAGACGAGGGAGGAAGCCAUAGAAAAUGCCAAGAGAAGGUGGAUUUCAAAGAUGUAUGUUAUGUGAUGAUUACAUACACACCUUUAUUUUUAUUUUUCCUUUAGUGGCUGCUUUUCAUAUUGUGACGGGUUUUGAUUCAUUUUUUGGUAGAUCCUAUUUUUUCAUUUUGGCUGAUUGUUGAUCUCAUUCAAUUUAACUUCGAUCAUUUGUUUGUUUUCUUGUAUAUAGAGAAUUGGGGCUCAUCUUUUAAUUCAUUGAUUAAUGGCAUGAGCUCUUUCACUU